GGUGAGAAAUUAUGUGAAAAAACGAAGUGGCCCUAGUUAUACUCCAAAUGAUUUAGAAAAAGCUGUGAAUGCUGUUAAAAGCGGAAGUCUUACAUAUAAUCAAGCUUUUGAAGAAUUUAAUGUUCCUAAGGCAGUAGUUUUUAACCGUAUAAAAGGAAGAAAAACUCCAAUGUCAUGUACAAAAGCUGGUCGGUCUCGUGUUUUCUCUGAUGAGAUAGAAUUAGUACUUGAAAAAUGUUUAAUAGCUAGAUCAAAAAUGGGUUAUCCAUGCGAUAAAAAUGAAUUUAAAGAAUUAGUUGGACAUUUUAUUAAGCAAAGUAAUUUUAUCACACCAUUUAAAAAUGGUAUUCCUGGAGAUGACUGGUAUUACGGAUUUAUGAAAAGGCAUCCUAAAUUAUCAUUUAAAAAACCUGAACAACUACAAAAAGUAAGAAAAGAUGCUAGAAAGCCAGAAGUAGUAUACGAUUUUUAUGAAAAACUGAUGGAUGUUGUUGUGGCAAAUAAUAUGCAGAAUCGCCCAGAGUUCUUUUUUAAUGCAGAUGAGAGUGGGUUCCACACAGACCCUUCAAAACUAAAAGCAAUUGGUGAAAAAGGACAACCUCUUAAUCGUAUAGUUGGAGGUUCAGGUAGAGAAUCAAUUUCUGUAUUAGCAUGUGUAUCAGCUGAUGGUAAAUAUUUAYCACCAUUAAUAGUUUUCAAAGGAUGUGCCGUUCAAGCUCGAUGGACCUCACCUAAAGCCUAUCCAGGAACAUUUUAUGCUGUUAGUAAGAACGGUUGGAUGGAAGAGUCUGUAUUUUUUAACUGGUUUAGUAAGUGUUUUGUUCAUCAUGUACAACAACUUCGUCAAUAUAAUAACAAUGAAAGCCAAACUGCUCUCCUUUUAUUUGAUGGGCAUUGUUCACACAUAAGUAUUAGGAUAUUGAAAUCUGCUAUUGACAAUAACAUAGUGUUGGUAAAAUUUCCUAGUCAUCUAACAGAUAAAAUUCAACCACUUGACAAGUGUGUUUUUGGUCCGUUAAAAUUUGCAUGGGAUAAAAAACUUAUUCAAUUUGGUAAACAAAUGGUAGGUAAAGGAGUUGGAAGAUUGACAAAAGGCAAAUUUUCAGAGCUAUUGGGUAGUGUGUGGUUGGAGUCAAUGAAAUCUGUAAACAUUAUAUCAGGUUUUAAAAAUACAGGUACAUUUCCAGUUGACUCGGCUAUGUUUCCAGAAGAUUUGUUUGAUCCAAUUGACCUCAAAGAGUACAAAAAUAAAAAAUACCAAGAACAGUUGCAGACAAUUGAAAUACUUAAGGAAUUUAACCAACCUACUACUUCUAUUGAAUUAACUGAGCCUACCAAUAUUAUUCCUGAAAUCAGUUUUAACUCUGAAUCUUUCACAAGCUUAACAGAAAAUAAUUGUUUACCUUUUAAUGAAAUUAAUUCUGAAUUUCUUGAUUAUCCAAUCUACAUAGAACAACAUGAUUUAUCUACAUAUUGUAAUAGUAAGAAUACAAGUGAUUUAGCUUCAACCUCUAUAGAACAUAAUAAUUUAUCUACAAGUUAUAAUAMAAUUGAUAAUUUAGGAACAACAGCUCUAUCUGAUAUAACGCCAGUUGAUAUCAUUGGGAUUUUUUCAAAUCAAUUAAUAAAUUUAAAAUCUCAAAAUAUAACACCUGUUGUUCCCAAACAACAAAUACCUCGUUUAAAAACUGCUAUGUAUGGUGAA